AUGAAACUAUCUAUAUUAACAAUAAUGUAAUUUUAAAUAAAAUUUGUUUAUUAGACAACAAAUGCAGAAUUAGGUUUGUCAAAAUAAGUUUGAUUAAAAGUAAUUAAUGUAAAUAAGAAUCCUCUCAUUUAUAUAUUAUGCCAAAGAAAGAUAAAAUAUAUAAGUAAUAAUUUAAAUAAUAUAAUUUUAGAAAUAGAAGAAGAUAUUUUCCUUCAAGAAAAAAAAGCAAAAAAGACUUCUUAACACAUUCAUUAGAUUUUAUUAAACAAAAUUACGUUGA